UCGAAGGCCGCCAUCGUGAAACACGUCACUUCCUUCACAUCAUUCCUAUCUUUCAUAUUUACAUACAGAGCCGCACGGGAAAGCUUAGUGUGUUUAUUAAAUAAACGUUGUGUUCAUAUUCAUAAGCAUGUUGAGCAUGGCCUCCACAUCAUGCGAGAAGACACUAGGACCCAAAAAGAAAAACGAGAAGAAGAUUGCGUCCAAAGAGGAGUACAGAUUAUUGUCCAAUAUCAUGGGAGUGAUGAAUAACUUGAGGAAACAGGGGAUCCUCUGUGAUGUCAUCCUGGUGGUUGAUGGGAAGCACAUCCUGGCACACAGAGUAGUGCUGGCGGCCGCGAGCCACUUCUUCAACCUCAUGUUCACAUCCAGUAUGAUGGAGGCCACGAAUCAUGAGGUGGAGCUUGGAGGAGCAGAACCAGAGAUCAUCGAGCUGCUGGUGGAGUUUGUCUACACGGCACGAAUCUCAGUGAACAGUAAUAACGUUCAGUCUCUGCUGAACGCUGCUAACCAGUACCAGAUUGAACCGGUGAAGAAGAUGUGUGUGGACUUCCUGAAGGAGCAGGUGGACGCCACCAACUGUCUGGGCAUCAGCGCAUUGGCCGAGUGUCUGAACUGUCCCGAGCUGAAGGUGUCGGCAGAUGAUUUCAUCCACCAGCACUUCACAGACGUCUAUAAGAUGGAUGAGUUUCUGCAGCUGGACGUUAAACAGGUGACACACCUGCUCCAGCAGGACACGCUGACCGUCCGAGCCGAAGAUCAGAUAUACGACGCAGCGGUGCGGUGGCUGAAGUACGACGUGUUGAAUCGACAGCAGUACAUCGUAGACAUUCUGGGGAAGGUGCGAUUCCCCCUCGUCUCCAAAAACUUCCUCAGUAAGACCGUUCAAGCAGAACCGCUGAUCCAGGACAACCCAGAGUGCCUGAAAAUGGUCAUCUGUGGGAUGCGUUAUCAUCUGCUGUCUCCAGAGGACCGCGAGGAGCUGGGCGAGAGCAGUCGACCCCGUCGCAAGAAACAUGACUACCGCAUCGCUCUGUUCGGAGGCUCACAGCCACAGUCCUGCCGUUACUUUAACCCCAAGGAUCACAGUUGGACGGACAUUCGCUGCCCCUUUGAGAAGCGGCGGGACGCCACAUCCGUGUUCUGGGACAAUGUGGUGUACAUCCUGGGCGGCUCUCAGCUCUUCCCCAUCAAACGGAUGGACUGCUACAACGUGGUGAAAGACAGCUGGUACUCCAAACUCGGACCGCCAAAUCCACGGGACAGCCUGGCCGCCUGCGCCUCUAAAGGAAAGAUCUACACCUCUGGAGGCUCGGAAGUGGGAAGUUCAGCUCUGAAUCUGUUCGAGUGCUAUGACACGCGCACGGAGACGUGGCAGACGAAGCCCAACAUGCUGAUGCCGCGCUGCAGUCACGGUUCAGUCGAGGCCAACGGGCUCAUCUACGUCUGCGGAGGGAGUCUGGGAAACAACGUGUCCGGCAGGGUCCUCAACGACUGCGAGGUCUACGACCCCAACACUGAAGAGUGGAGGGUUCUCUGUGGGAUGCGCGAGGCCCGGAAGAAUCACGGCCUGGUGGUGGUGAACUCAAGAAUAUACGCCGUCGGCGGGCAGAACACACUGGGUGGUCUGGACUCGGUGGAGUACUACGAGAUCGGGAGUAACGAGUGGAAGAUGGCGUCUCCGAUGCCGUGGAGGGGCGUGACUGUGAAGUGUGCGGCCGUGGGCUCUGUCAUCUACGUGCUGGCCGGGUUUCAGGGUGUCGGCCGUCUGGGCCACAUCAUGGAGUAUUACACAGAGACGGACAAAUGGGUGGUGUCCAGUAAAGUCCGCGCCUUUCCUGUCACCAGCUGCCUGAUCUGUCUGGUGGACACGUGCGGCGCCAACGAGGAGGACAUGAAUUCAGCGUCUUCAUCCUCAUCCUCGGCCGAUGGAAGGAUGUGACAUAUAGAGCCACUGGAAACCAGUCGUUAUUGUACAGAGACGUUAGUUGCAUCACAUGUUGAGCUGAUCAUGCUUUGUGUCUUUAGUGCAGAUACAGAGGUCAAGCGUUUGUGUCGCUCAAAGCAAACCGAUCAGGUUUAAACAGAUGUUUUUGAGAUAAGGCUGCUUUUGUCUUUACGCUCAGCUUUUUUGCCAAAUUAUUUAGAUCUUGUGAGCUGUACACACUCCUUACAGCUUCCAGGACGGCUGAUGUUCCCUGAUCUCAGAUCAGAUAUCCAUGUCGCAGAAGAACUUCCAUUUUUAGGAAAUAGUUUUACCUUCUGCAUUUUGGCGAUUUUCCCUUUUGGGAGCCUAAUAUGUAUUUUAUGUUGGUUUAAUGUUUUAAUAAUUGGUAUUUUGAUGUGUUUAUAUUAUGUGUAAACAAAAGUGACUUUUAUUUUUUUUUAAUAAUGAUCAUUUUAUCAUUUUGAUGUUGUAGAACUGCAAGAAAACAAGCUGGAAAGUUUGAAUGAACCGUUUUUGUAUGAGAAGAAUUUAACUAUUCAUUAUUGAGAAUCCAAAUAAAAUGAUCUGUUAUUCACUGAUAA